UACGUUGCAAGGUAACUAUGCAGAGUGGGGGAGGGGUGUGUGUGCGUGUGUGUGUGUGUGUCAGGGGGAUAUUAUGGGAUGCCUGCCCCCUGAUCUCUUUGUGUGUGUGUGCGCGCGCGCCGGGUGUGUGUUAGUGUGCGAGGGAGCGAGAGGAGACGCGUCGUGCGCACACGCUGCCACAGAAAACACGAAUUUGUAUUUAAAUCGUGCGUCUGCGUUUCCUUCACAAUAAAGAUCCGCCGAGAGGAGACUCAAACUGUGGCGGGAGUUACGGAAUCAACUUACUGUGGCCGGGUCACCACUCUGGAUUACACACCAUAACUUUAUUUAGUUAGCUAAAGUGCUAGCUAACUAAGUGGAAAGUUUUCUGCUGUCCGCUAUGUCUGGAAGCGAGGACGAGCGGGAUGAGUACGGAGCCCCGGAGGAGCGGUUACUGCACGAUGACGAUGAGGAGGAGAUCUCGGAGAACGAGACUCCGAAGGUGAAGAAGAAGAAAAAGGCCAAGAAGAGCAGAGAGAGUAAAGGCAGCAAGAGGCGGUCGCGCAGAGAGGAACUUCCCAUCAGCUCCCCGGAGCACAUGGACGUCGGAGGGGCCGAAGAGGUGGAAGGUGGUGUCGCUGUGCACCGCACGGACAGCGAGGGCAGCGACUACACUCCAGGGCGCAAGAAGAAGAAGAGGGCCAGCAGUGGCAAGGAGAAGAAGAGGAGCAGCUCCGGGGCCGAGCGGAGCUCCUCCAAGAAGAAGGAGCCGGAGCCCGAGGAAGACGAUGACGACGACGAUGACGACAGCUCGGAGCCAAAGUCUUCAUCCCAGCUGCUGGAUGACUGGGGAAUGGAGGACAUUGACCACGUUUUCACUGAGGAAGACUACCGCUCUCUGACCAACUACAAGGCCUUCAGCCAGUUCGUCAGGCCCCUCAUCGCAGCCAAGAACCCCAAGAUCGCAGUGUCCAAGAUGAUGAUGGUUCUGGGCGCCAAGUGGCGUGAGUUCAGCACCAACAACCCGCUAAGGGGAGCCGCUGCUGCCAACGCCGCCCUGGCCACCGCCAACGUACCUGCCGCUGUGGACAACAUGGUGGCAGAGGUUGUCCCGAUUGCCCCUCCACCCCCGGCCCCAGUAGAGCCCCCGCCGCCGCCUGCGCCGCCGCUACGGAAGGCCAAGACCAAGGAAGGCAAAGGUCCGAACGCCCGCAAGAAGACAAAACCUACGCCGAAGCCUCAAGACAAAAAAAAUAAUGCCAAGACCAAGAAAGUGGCUCCUCUCAAAAUCAAACUUGGCGGCUUCAACAGCAAAAGGAAACGCUCGUCGAGCGAAGAGGACGAGCCUGAAGUAGACAGCGACUUCGAGGACGGCAGCAUGAACAGUGUCUCCGUCUCAGAGGGAUCGAACAGUCGCAGCAGCCGAACCAAAAAGAAGCAGUCGUCCAAGAGCAAACCCAAGAAGAAGAAAGAAGCUGAGGAUGGAGACGGGUAUGAGACGGACCACCAGGAUUACUGCGAGGUGUGUCAGCAGGGCGGCGAGAUCAUCCUGUGUGACACUUGUCCGAGAGCGUACCACAUGGUCUGCCUGGACCCCGACAUGGAGAAGGCGCCCGAGGGCACCUGGAGCUGCCCGCACUGUGAGAAGGAGGGCAUCCAGUGGGAGGCCAGGGAGGAAGUCUCAGAGGUCGAGGAGGACCCCGUCGAGGCAGAAAUGGAGGAGGACGACCACCACAUGGAGUUCUGCAGGGUCUGCAAAGACGGAGGAGAGCUGCUCUGCUGCGACUCGUGCCCCUCGUCCUACCACAUCCACUGCCUCAACCCGCCGCUCCCGGAGAUCCCCAACGGAGAGUGGAUCUGCCCGCGCUGCACGUGUGCCCCCAUAAAGGGGAAGAUCCAAAAGAUCCUGACUUGGCGUUGGGGCGCCAUUCCUCCCCCCACACCUGUCCCUCGCCCUCCGGAGCUUGCAGCAGACGCCCCCGACCCCUCCCCGCUGGUAGGGCGGCCGGACAGGGAGUUCUUCGCCAAGUGGUCCAGCAUGUCGUACUGGCACUGCUCCUGGGUCACAGAGCUCCAGCUGGAACUCCACUGCCAGGUGAUGUUCAGGAACUACCAGAGGAAGAACGACAUGGACGAGCCGCCGCCCAUCGACUCUGGCGAAGGGGAGGAGAACAAGAGCUUGAAAAGGAAAAGCAAGGACCCCAUGUACGCACAGCUGGAGGAGAAGUACCUCCGCUUCGGGAUCAAGAUGGAGUGGCUGAUGAUCCACCGCAUCAUCAACCACAGUGUGGACAGAAAGAACAACGUCCACUACCUGAUCAAGUGGCGAGAGCUGGCGUACGACCAGGCGACGUGGGAGGCCGACGACAUGGACGUUCCCGAGUUUGACCCGUACAAAGUGCAGUACUGGCACCACAGGGAGCUGAUGAUGGGAGACGAGGGGAGACCCGGCAAGAAGAUAAAGGUCAAAGGACGAUUCAAGCGUCCGGACAGGCCUCCAGAGAACCCCGUCAUAGACCCGACGAUAAAGUUUGAGCGUCAGCCGGAGUACCUGGACGUCACGGGCGGGACGCUGCACCCCUACCAGCUGGAGGGUCUGAACUGGCUGCGGUUCUCCUGGGCUCAGGGCACAGACACCAUCCUGGCUGACGAGAUGGGGCUGGGGAAGACGGUGCAGACGGCCGUCUUCCUCUCCUCGCUGUACAAAGAGGGCCACUCCAAGGGGCCGUUCCUGGUCAGCGCGCCGCUCUCCACCAUCAUCAACUGGGAGCGAGAGUUUGAAAUGUGGGCGCCCGACAUUUAUGUUGUGACAUACGUUGGCGACAAAGACAGCAGGGCCGUCAUCCGGGAGAACGAGUUCUCCUACGAGGACAACGCCAUCCGAGGAGGGAAGAAGGCCUCCAGGAUGAAGAAAGACUCGGCAGUCAAGUUCCACGUCCUGCUGACGUCCUACGAGCUGAUCACCAUCGACAUGGCGAUCCUGGGCUCCAUAGACUGGGCCUGCCUGGUGGUGGAUGAGGCUCACAGGCUGAAAAACAACCAGUCCAAGUUUUUCCGGGUGUUGAACAACUACCCUCUGCAGCACAAGCUGCUGCUGACUGGAACUCCUCUGCAGAACAACCUGGAGGAGCUUUUCCACUUGCUCAACUUCCUCACACCUCUGCGGUUCAGUAACCUGGAAGGCUUCCUGGAGGAGUUCGCCGACAUCGCCAAGGAGGACCAGAUCAAGAAGCUGCACGACAUGCUGGGUCCACACAUGCUCAGGAGGCUGAAGGCCGACGUCUUCAAGCACAUGCCCUCCAAGACCGAGCUCAUCCUGCGAGUGGAGCUCAGCCCCAUGCAGAAGAAGUACUACAAAUUCAUCCUGACGAAAAACUUUGAGGCCCUGAACACCAAAGGUGGAGGAAACCAGGUUUCUCUGCUCAACGUGGUCAUGGACCUGAAGAAAUGCUGCAACCACCCCUACCUCUUCCCUGCGGCCGCUAUGGAAGCUCCGAGGAUGCCCAACGGGAUGUACGACGGCGGCGCUCUCGUUAAGGGUGCCGGGAAACUGACGUUGCUGCAGAAGAUGAUGAGGAAGCUGAAGAACGGAGGACACAGAGUACUUAUCUUUUCACAGAUGACGAAGAUGUUGGACCUGCUGGAGGAUUUCCUGGAGAACGAGGGCUACAAGUACGAGAGGAUCGACGGAGGAAUCACAGGCGGGAUGAGACAGGAAGCCAUCGAUCGCUUCAACGCUCCUGGAGCCCCUCAGUUCGCCUUCCUGCUCUCAACGAGAGCCGGAGGUCUGGGUAUCAACUUGGCCACCGCUGACACCGUCGUGAUCUACGACUCGGACUGGAACCCUCACAACGACAUCCAGGCCUUCAGCCGAGCUCAUCGUAUCGGUCAGAACAAGAAGGUGAUGAUCUACCGCUUCGUUACCAAGGCCUCUGUGGAGGAGAGGAUCACUCAGGUCGCCAAGAAGAAGAUGAUGCUGACUCACCUGGUGGUCAGACCUGGCCUCGGAUCCAAGACCGGCUCAAUGUCCAAACAGGAGCUGGACGACAUCCUCAAGUUCGGAACCGAGCAGCUCUUCAAGGACGAGUUAGAGGGUUUUCACCGGUCUAACAACAAGGAGGAGGACAGCAGCAUCAUUCACUACGACGACAAGGCCAUCGACCGGCUGCUGGACAGAAACCAGGACGCCACCGACGACACGGAGCUGCAGAGCAUGAACGAAUACCUGAGCUCCUUCAAGGUGGCUCAGUACGUGGUCAAAGACGAGGAGGAGGAGGAGGAGGAGGUGCAGCGGGAGAUCAUAAAGCAGGAAGAGAGCGUGGAUCCCGACUACUGGGAGAAGCUGCUGCGUCACCACUACGAGCAGCAGCAGGAGGAUCUGGCCCGAAACCUCGGCAAAGGCAAACGAAUCCGCAAGCAGGUCAACUACAACGACGGCUCCCAAGAAGACAGAGGUAGGAGGGCGAUUACUUCAUCAACAUCAGCUGAUUGGCAGGAUGACCAAUCCGACGGCCAAUCGGAUUACUCUGUGGCCUCAGAGGAAGGAGACGAGGACUUUGACGAGCGAUCAGAAGCUAACUCCCGCAGGCCGAACAGGAAGGGCCUCCGGAACGACAAGGACAAACCACUGCCCCCCCUGCUGGCCAGGGUGGGAGGCAACAUCGAGGUGUUGGGUUUCAACUCUCGACAGAGGAAGGCCUUCCUGAACGCAGUGAUGCGUUAUGGGAUGCCUCCCCAGGAUGCCUUCACCACCCAGUGGCUGGUCCGAGACCUGCGAGGGAAGUCUGAGAAGGAGUUCAAGGCCUACGUCUCUCUGUUCAUGCGUCACCUUUGCGAGCCCGGAGCUGAUGGCGCCGAGACCUUCGCAGACGGCGUCCCCAGGGAAGGGUUGUCACGGCAACAUGUCCUCACCCGUAUCGGCGUGAUGUCGCUUAUUCGAAAGAAGGUGCAGGAGUUUGAGCACGUGAACGGUCAGUGGUCGAUGCCGUGGAUGGCCGAGCUGGAGGAGAACAAGAGGGCGGCAGCUCAGCCCGAGUCGCCCGGGAAAACCCCGUCCACCGGAACCCCCGCUGACACGCAGCCCAACACUCCUGCUCCAGUUGACGAGUCGUUAAAGAACGACGAGGCUUUGAAGGAAGGAGAGAAGGAGGUGAAGAAAGAGGUCGAGGCAGAAAAGAACAGCAAAGAGCCGGCGAAGGUGUCGGACGAGGUGAUCGCGAUUCCAGACGAUGACGAGAAGAGUCCGCCAGCAGCGGAGGAAGAGGAGAAGAAGAAGAACGGGGAGGAGCCGAUGGAGACGGACAAACCCAGCAAAGGAGAAGCAGAGAGCGCGAAAGAGAAGGAGGGCGAGACGGAGGAGAAGAAGGAGAAAGAGAAGGAGAAGGAGAAAGAAGGCGUGAGCGAGAAGAAAAGUCCGGAGGCAGCAGAGGAAACAAAGACUCCUUCAGAGGAAAAGACGGACGCGGCAGAGGUCAAACCUGAGGACGUGGAGGUCAAAGCAGAAGAAAAGAAAGAAGACAAGACAGAAAAGAUGGAAACAACACCGGCUGCAGACGAAAAGAAAGCCGAUACGAAGGAGGAGAAAGAGACUCCGAAGGAGGAGGCGACGGCCAAACUGCAGAACGGCGAAAGCAAGGAGAGCGCCGCCCCCACCCCCGCUGCUGCCGCCGCCACUGCUGCCACCCCCGCCGCCGCCACUGCUGCCGCUGGCGCCACUGCCCCCGCCGCCGCUGCCACUGCUGCAGCCGUCAGCGAGGAGAAGAAGAAGGCGAAGACCAGGUUCAUGUUCAACAUCGCAGACGGAGGAUUCACAGAGUUGCACUCCUUGUGGCAGAACGAGGAGCGCGCUGCCACGGUUACCAAGAAAACCAAUGAGAUUUGGCAUCGUCGCCAUGACUACUGGCUGCUGGCCGGCAUCAUACAACACGGCUACGCUCGCUGGCAGGACAUCCAGAACGACGUGAAGUUCGCCAUCCUCAACGAGCCCUUCAAGGGGGAGAUGAACCGAGGGAACUUCCUGGAAAUCAAGAACAAGUUCCUCGCCAGACGCUUCAAGCUGUUGGAGCAGGCGCUGGUGAUCGAGGAGCAGCUGCGCCGCGCCGCCUACCUCAACAUGUCGGAGGACCCCUCCCACCCCUCCAUGGCCCUCAACACGCGCUUCAGCGAGGUGGAGUGUCUGGCAGAGUCGCACCAGCACCUCAGCAAAGAGUCCAUGUCCGGGAACAAGCCGGCCAACGCCGUCCUGCACAAAGUGCUGAAGCAGUUGGAGGAGCUGCUGAGUGACAUGAAGGCAGAUGUCACCCGUCUCCCAGCAACCAUCGCCCGGAUACCGCCGGUCGCCGUGCGGCUCCAGAUGUCCGAGAGGAACAUUCUGAGCCGGCUGGCGAGCCGAGGCCCCGAGACACAGACGCAGGCACAGACACAACAGAUGUCGCAGCAGUAAACUCAACCUCGGCUCUUUACCUCGGAAACCACCCCCUGCCUCACCUCGACAUUCCUGAUUGGUGCACAGCAGAAUGACGGAUAGCGCGCCCAAGCUUGACACCACGCCCAGACCACGCCCCCACCCACCCCCCCACCCUCCCCCAAACAGACUUUACAGAGUUUUUCUGGACGUUCGAUUCCCUCCCCCCCCCGACCCACAAGUUUGAGGCGGUGGACAGAAAAGCUAUUUUAUUUUUUUUCCUCCUUUUUUCAAUUUCUGUAUUAAUAUUAUUGAUAUAAUGUUAUUAUGAUGUUUUUUUGGGACCUAAAUAAAAAAUAAAAAAAACAAA